AUGGGGUCACCAUUCACUGACGAGGAGAAGCGAUUUCUCCUUGCGGAAAUGAUCAAGGUCAGCAAGGUAGAUAUCCACGCCCUUGUGGAGUUCGUCAAGUCCAACCGCGUCGAGCAAGAAUGGUUGAAGAUGCAGGUCCCGAACGCUCCCACUCUCACAUCCGCAAACCACCUCAUCGAAGGGCACUCCACCGAGCCCUCUAUGCCUACCAAUUCUGCGAUGCAGCCGCAUCGAGGCUCGACGCCACAGCAUGUCCUCAUAAAGCCGCGUCUGACCACCGCGAAUGGUACCCCAAGCCCCUCUCCUUCUGCAGCGUCGGAACCCCCAACAAAGAAGCGUCGCGGUCGCCCGCCAAAGGUGCAAUCUUACGACCGGCUCGGCCCUGGUAGGCCGAGGCUCUUGGCUUUAGCGCCACAACCCCCGCCCUCCGCGACAGCACAACAGCAGGCUUUCGCUGCGGUGCCACAAUCCAUCGACAACCGCAGCCGCCGCACCGCGUCGCCCGCAUACACCGUGUCUCCUGGGCCUAAUAUCGAGAACAUUGCGCCAUCGAGAGGCUUGAAACGUUCUCUUCCCGAUCACGGUGAGCAGACACAACCGGCACAUCUUCAUCCCCGCUUCAUACCACCUGACGAAUCGGGCCUGGCCCGUCAACGGGCGAACGCAUCGGGCGCUCCUACACCCCUACACAAGGGACUUCAGCAAUACCGAAACAAGAGACGGCUGGUUCUGGAAGCCAAUGGACUCUACGGCCGGACGAUGAUAGGGAAGUCGGCUUCAAACCCCAACACAACAAACGGCCGCUCCUUCUCCAGUUAUUCCUUCCCCGACCACUCCACAGACUCGACAAGGGCCGAGCCCGCUGGACGCAACGAGGGCGACUCCUGUGAAGACAUGACACUGAAUCGCCGGUGUAAUACCGCGAUAGAUAACGAGAGCAUGAUUGGCUGGCGCCAAUCUGAGGCAUGA